AUUUAUAGAACUUUGUGCCAGGCUUUCUGGAUCUCACGCCUGCCAAACACUUGGAAUCUCACGGGGGGAAGGAUAAUAGCCAAGGAAUGAAUGUUGGCGCCAUACUCCAGGAAGCCAGUUGCUCCCCACAUGUUCCGCACUUCAGGAUCUUCAGUUUCUUUGCCAUCUGCGUGUUUCAGUUGUCAACUCUUUCCUGUCCACACGGCGCUCCUCCUAAGCCAGAUAUUGAUCCUGCAUUGAAGCAACGAACCCUGCGAGAGGACAGCGUGACCCGGCCCCGGGAGUUGUCUGAUAGCGGACGGAAUAAUGACGGGAUAUUUGGCAGGGUGGGUGUCUUUCUGGGUGCUCUCCUCGUUUCUUUGGGCCUCACGCGCGAGCGAGUGCUCAGGCAAGGAAACGCUGCUGCGGCCGCUCCCCAGCGUCUUGCCACAGUUGACAGACUGCUUGAUGGAGUGCACUGAGAUGACGUACGCCAGGAAAGCGCAGCUGCUGGACAAGCGCAGUGUGCGGAUACAAGACUCCACUGAAGGAGACCUCGGGGAAUACUGCUGGUCCACCCAAAUCAAGUGCAACGUGGGUGAGCACUUUCAGCACGCCUUUGUGGUGCUGCCCAUCCACACGUCGGCCGUUGCGACGGAGCCUGUGGAGGUGAGGUGGGGGGCCAACGCUCUCCACAAGCACACUAGUCCCCUCACCAUCCCGGAUGCCUGCGGCCUUCGCUACGACGUCAGUGAGCAUUUCGGCCCCGGCAGGAGGGUCGACUCGUUCUGUGUCGAGGUGGUCAGCCAGCAGGACGUCCCGGUCCCAAAGUGUCCCCCCUACCUUGUCACGUUCUGGCAAAGAAGUCCGACUCCGAUAUGAGAUACGGGACACUCCCAGUCAGGUUGUAUCUAGUCACGCUGCUAAUAUGCCAUAGGUGGGCAGUGCUUUUGGUGGCCUUCAGUGGGAAUCUACUCGAAAGAAUCCAUCUCUUCAUUGCGCCACUAUCACGUUGCAAUUAUAGAAAACACCGGUAAUAUUCAAAAACACAUUUUAACAACACGCAACUGAGCAUUGCUUAUUAUCUGAAGCGGUACAGAUUCAAUUAUUUUUGUACAUGACAGAAACGGAAUACAUUUAAAUAAUAUCGAUCGUACCCACCAGACAUGCUGAUUAAAUGUAUUCAUGUGCAGAUUGCUACAGAUAUGUAUUGCUUGAACUUGGCUGGAACAAAAUUUUACUUUGACUGACAAAUCAGAGAAUGGGAAAAAAUGAUGUCAACGAGGGCCAGCCCUCUGUCCUUGUUGGGACAAAUGUGCAAUCAGAUUGGUUUAAAACACAGUUUUAAAUUAAAUGGGCCAGCAUGACUGAUUCUGAAGCCCCUGGGCAGAUUAGAUUGACACUGCAACACAAUAGAGGCCGGAAGCUGAGGCUGUUAAUAAUAAUCAUUUAUUUAGUGUAUUUGGAGGGUUAAUGUGCUUUUGUUACAUUCACUAAUUAUAAUAAAAAUCAAUGCAAAUACCAGGAUGUCAUACAAAUGGUAUAUGAGCUUGUGUGUGUCUGGGGAUGUUUUCUCUGCAUUAAUCAAAACUGCCUCAUCAUAACAAAUAGUAACAAAUAGUUUAAGCCUACCCUCUUGUGGUUAAUUCAGGACAGUGUCUUCAUCCAACAACUGCGAUCGACUAUAACGCGAGUGCUUCGCACGCAAACUCUCACACAUCCAGACGCAUCUGUGUAUUGCGGCCAUCUGAACAACUCCGUUCAGGUGUUGUGACCUCAACAUGACUGGAUCCAGCUCACACGUCAUUAUGGAAAUACGGAGGAGGGAGAAAGUCUACAUCCACUGAUGUAAUAGCCGCAGGUGUCCAGCUAAAUUAACGAAAAUGUGUUGGCUUCAAAUAUUCUUGAUCGUCGGUCUUGUUGACUGGUUAAAAUGUCAAGAAAUCCAACACAUGACAACAGAGGAGAAGAACACAAUCAGGGAUCGGAUUGUUGAGAUGUUUGAUCAUGCUUAUGGCAGUUACAUGAAAUAUGCCUAUCCGGCGGAUGAGCUGAUGCCUCUCAGCUGCAAGGGGCGUGUACGAGGCCAGGAGCCUAACCGAGGUGACAUCGACGAGUCCUUGGGGAAAUUUUCACUUACACUGAUCGACACGCUCGAUACCCUGGUGGUCUUGAACAAGUUGGAUGAGUUUGAAGAUGGUGUUCGGAAAGCGGUGCGGGAUGUACGCUUGGACAGUGACGUGGUGGUAUCAGUGUUUGAGACCAAUAUCAGAGUUUUGGGGGGGCUUCUCGGGGCCCACGUAAUGGCUGACCUGCUCCGUCAGCGUGGAGGGAGGAUGCAGUGGUAUGAAGAUGAGCUCCUCAACAUGGCUACGGAGCUUGGCCAUAGGUUACUGCCUGCCUUCAACACCUCAAGUGGCCUUCCUUACCCCAAAGUGAAUUUGCGUUACGGAGUGCAGAACCCGCUUUCGCGCACAGGCGCCGAGUCGGACACGUGCACAGCUUGUGCAGGAACAAUGAUCCUGGAGUUUGCGGCCCUCAGCAGAUUGUCGGGAGAGUCUGUCUUUGAGGAACAUGCCCGGAGAGCUUUGGAUGUCCUCUGGGAGAGGCGACAGAAAGGAAGCGACCUGGUGGGGACUGUCAUCAACAUCCAUAACGGCGAAUGGGUCAGACGCGACAGCGGCGUCGGUGCUGGCAUUGACUCGUACUAUGAAUACUUAAUGAAGGCCUACAUUCUUCUGGGAGACGACGUCUUUUUGGAAAGGUUUAACGUUCACUAUAGUGCCAUUAUGAAGUACAUCAGUCAGCCUCCCCUGCUGCUUAACGUGCACAUGCACAACCCGACCGUGAGCGCGCGGAGCUGGAUGGACUCGCUGCUGGCGUUUUUCCCCGGCUUACAGGUCUUGAGAGGAGAUCUGAAACCAGCCAUUGAAACCCACGAGAUGCUGUACCAAGUCACAAAACAGCACAAGUUUCUUCCAGAGGCUUUUACCACAGAAUUCCGAGUUCACUGGGGCCAGCACCUCCUGAGACCAGAAUUUGCAGAAAGCACCUACUACCUCUACCAGGCCACCGGCGAUCCCUACUACCUCAGAGUGGGCCAGUCCAUCGUGGAAAAACUCAACGCUUAUGCCAGAGUGCCUUGUGGGUUUGCUGCUGUGCAAGACGUCCGCACGGGCACGCACGAAGACAGGAUGGACUCAUUCUUUCUGGCCGAGAUGUUCAAAUACUUAUACCUGCUGUUCACCGAGAAGACGCAGCUGCCCAUCAGUAUUGACGACUACAUCUUCACCACGGAGGCCCACCUUCUGCCCGUGUCUCUAACCACCACGCAGCCAUCUUGUCAAGGCAACAAAACAGAAACUCAUGCUGUGGCCCACAAAGAGGAUCUGUUCACGCGCACCUGCCCGAGCACGGAUACGUUGUUCCCGAACAACCCUUCAUUUGCCAAAAGCAUCCGGGACAGCUACAAGUACCUGACGGGUGUGGGGCGUGCUUUCCACCCCUCACCUAUGAGAGAAAUUGAGUUACCUCUUCAUGAUAGUGGCAUCGAACCAGUGGAGUUCUUAAAAAGCAUGGGCAUUUCUCUCACUCCACUAAAUGAGUUCAGCACGGGAGACAUCAGAAGGGAGCACCAAGGUGCCUGCCGGAUGAAACUUGUGGCGGAGGUGAGACAAACGCUGGAUGAGGAGGAAGUGGUGCCUCAUGCGGUGCAGCUUAUCUCCCCUCCCUUUCUGGGGAGGACCGUGCUCAUGGCAGGCCCUGCCAAGUUUGGAAUGGACCUGACCAAGCGAGAACAUGGCGUGAAGGGCAGCAUAGCGAAGGCCUCCCCUUACACAGCCUGCAGGCCACUCGAAAACCCAGCUGAGCUGAAAGACCACGUCGCCUUGGCGCUACGUGGCGACUGCAUGUUCGCGGCAAAAGCACGCUGGCUGCAGGCGGCGGGCGCCAUAGGAGUCAUCUUCAUCGACCACCAGGAGGGAAGCAAUAGUGAGGAAACGCCGCUCUUCCAAAUGGUCGGCGACGGCGACUCCACCGACGACAUCGCCUUGCCCUUGGUCUUCCUGUUCAGCCGCGAGGGCGCCAUCCUCGCCGCCGCCCUGGAGGAACAUCGCAACGUAGACGUACUGCUGCUGCCUAAAGAGAGGCAGCUGGGACACGGUAAGACAGACCAACCGGGUCUUAACAUUAAACUGAGAUUUUCUGAGGAGGAAGAGGUGGAGGAAGAAGAAGAGGAGGAGGAGGAAUUGAGUGGGUCCACUGUCAAGGUGCUUCUUGAUGAAAGUGAAGAUCUCAAAUGAAUUGAAACCACAUCGGCUGCAUACAUUUGCACCUUUAGCGUGUGGAAAUGAGCCUUGUACGUUGUGUGUGUGUGUGUGUGUG